AUGCUUAUCCUCUUCCGACAUGACGAUACUGCGCAGAUUGUCAUUCAUACAGCCAAUAUGAUCUACCGUGAUUGGGCCAAUAUGACACAGGCAGUGUGGAUGUCGCCAUUGUUGCCUGUUUCAGUCAAGGCAGCAACUCCACAGAUAGAUCCUCUUGAGGUCCACCCUAUUGGCAGCGGUGAACGCUUCAAAGUCGAUUUACUGCAGUAUCUUAGAGCAUACGGGAAACGGUUGAAUGGUCUGACUAAACAACUCGCAGACUAUGACUUUGCAAGUAUCAGGGCAGCUUUCAUCGGUAGUGCGCCAUCACGACAGAAGCCUGCUGCAGCCAGUCCUUCGGUAACCUCAUUCGGAUGGCUAGGACUACGAGAAGUACUUUCUGGUAUCCCCGUUUCGAGAUCGAAAGACGACUCGCGCCCUCACAUCGUUACCCAAAUAUCCUCCAUAGCGACAUUGGGUGCAACACCGACGUGGCUCUCGAACUUCCAAUCAGUGCUUGCCCGUUGUUCGACAGCCAAAAUUGUUAUCUCGGAGAAACCCCCACCUUCUUUCACAAAGGCAUCAUCUUUCUUCACCAAACGUGGGUCUAGCUCAGAAAAGUUGUUACCUAGAUACAGUGUCAUCUUCCCGACACCAGAAGAAAUUCGCACCUCCCUUGAUGGCUAUGCGUCUGGUGGAUCAAUUCACUGGAAACUCCAAUCAGCACAGCAACAAAAGCAGCUAGAGUACAUGCACCCAACACUAUGCCAUUGGAAGCAUGUAUCUUCAGGUGGUCUGCCGAAACGCCAGGCGCAUCGUGGCCCCGCGGCACCACAUAUCAAGACCUACAUACGCUUCGGCGACGAAGAGCAUAGAACCAUCGACUGGGCAAUGGUGACGAGCGCCAACCUAAGCAAACAAGCAUGGGGCGAUGUAGUGAACAAGAAAGAAGAGGUCUGGAUACAAUCAUGGGAAGUUGGUGUUGUUAUCUGGCCUGGCCUAUAUGCUCAGACACAAUCAGAAGAAGUCGCCAUGAUCCCAGUGUUUGGGGCUGACAUGCCUGAGCCUGCGGACCUUUCUGCCCUUAAUUGCAACGCAGAGAUGGCAACAGAAGGAACGAAGUUGUUGGGGCCGGAGACUGUCGUAGGCUUCCGCAUGCCGUACGAUCUGCCGCUUCGUCCUUACAAUGUUGAAGAGAAGCCUUGGUGUGCCACCAUGCAAUAUAUGGAACCGGAUAGGAAUGGGCACGCUUGGGGCGGCUAUGGGCGUUGA